CCGAGGCGGGGCCCGGGGAGUUCACGCAGCUGGCAGCGCCUUUCCUCUGCGCUGGUGGGCGCCGCGGUAGCGCGAACGUCCCCUGAUUUCGGGUGGGUGGGAAGGACAAGUGGCAAAUGAUCCGGAGAGGUGGUCGUCCAUUCGUGCUAGGCUUUGAAGAAAGGGUAGUAGGAGUCUAUCGAUCAAAGCAGAGCCUUGGUGGGCGGAGUGAAGAGCGCGUGCCAAAACGGCAGGCCCGGACUGCCCGGAGGAAUGGGCAGCAGCUCUUGUGGUAGCUGGGGGCCCGAGAGAGAGAGAGAGAGAGAGAGAGAGAGAGAGAGAGAGAGAUGUGUGUGUGUGUGUCAGAGAAGAGCAGCUAGAAGGAGCACUUUACCCUAGCAGCAAGGGAGGACCAGUGGAGAACACCCUCAGACUUUUAGAGAGAACGUCCUUGUCAAGUAGAGCUAAGAGUCCAUAGGUGUUACCCUCCUGAGACACAAGGACCCCUCAGUGAGAGUCCUGGAACUGAAGAGAGGAGAGAGCCCCGAGAGUGCCAAGGUGAUAGGAGUCUAGAGAAAGCCAGAUGCUGUCUGAAGGGAGAGUCUGGUAGUGAGAAAGAGCACCACCAGAGGGUGGCUGGAGCAGUGUGGUGCCCCACGUUCAUCUCCCACCUCCGCCCCAGUCCCUCCUCCAGUGCACUCAUGACUCCUGUCUUUUGCCUUUGGCACCUCAUACCCAUUGUAUGCUGCAGGUCAACCAUUUAGCAUGCUAAUAAAGGGUUCCUGCACAUCUAGGGGCCCUUGGCUUUGGUAUCAGCACCAACCACUACAGCUAGUGCCCUGACUCUGAAGCUCUCUUGGGCAAGCUUGCCUGGUAUAGGGAGAAGAAACUGGGCUUUGGGUCUGGGUACAGAUCACAGGUUUUGACUGGCCCCAGGUGCAGAGCCAAGGAGAAGGGGCUCAUCUGAACUCUGUAGCACAUUCCUGGGAAAAAAUCACUUGAGUUCACUGUACCCAUUCCCAUUUUGCUUCUAGGAUGGGGACUUCACAGUCUUUCCCUUCAGGAAGUGUUUCUGAUCAUGUUCCUUAAGUCCAGCCCAUAGGACCCAGGUUCUACUGGCAGCUUUGUCUUGAACACCCGUCCCUUCUUGGCAACUGGCAUGGACAAAAAGUCAUUCCUAUCUGUUAAAGGGGAGCCUGAGACCUGCCCUAGGCCGACAAAAUAAGGAGGAGGUGGUACCCUCCUACUAAGGGCUUUUCCUUCAAGCUCCUGGGAGAUGCCGAGCUUCCAAAGGCAACCUGGGAAUGGGGAACUGUGGCUUCAGGAGGUCACCUGAAGUCCGAACUGGAAUCCUCUCUGCCCCUCCCUUCCAGAUUAACCGAAACCUGCUAAUUGUGGCAGCCCUUGCAACUCCCCUCCCCCACAGCCUUUUCCUCCCUCCCCUCCCCCUUCCAUCCGAAUGAUAAAGGGCCCGGCCUGCCUGCCCCAGCCAGGCCUCAGGCCCCAGGCCCAGCCUCCCCACACUACCCCACAGUCCUGAGCCUUCCAGGAGGCCAGGCCCCUACCCACGCCUACAGACUCCCCUGCAUGGGGCCCCAGGAUCCAAAGCCAGCCUCGCAGCCCCCCAAGAGAAGAAAGAAGAGAUACCUGCGGCAUGACAAGCCCCCCUACACCUAUUUGGCGAUGAUCGCCUUGGUAAUUCAGGCUGCACCCUCCCGCAGGCUGAAGCUGGCCCAGAUCAUCCGUCAGGUCCAGGCCGUGUUCCCUUUCUUCAGGGAUGACUACGAGGGUUGGAAGGACUCCAUCCGUCACAACCUUUCCUCCAACCCGUGCUUCCGAAAGGUGCCCAAGGACCCUGCGAAACCUCAGGCCAAGGGCAACUUCUGGGCCGUGGAUGUGAGCCUCAUCCCGGCAGAAGCGCUACGCCUGCAGAACACAGCCCUGUGCCGGCGCUGGCAGAACCCGGAGGCCCGCAGAGCAUUCGCCAAGGACCUGAGCCCUUACGUGCUGCAUGGCCAGACCUACCGGCCGCCCACACCCCAUACGCCACCCAGCGAAGGCUUCAGCAUCAAGUCCCUGUUAAGGGACCCCGGGGAGAGAGCACCCUGGCCCCAACAGUCCAGCCAGGCUGGACAGAGCAACCCAACUCAGGCAGACACAGGCUGCAGUGGGGAGGAGGUGGUGCCCACUCCACACUUACCCUCCUCUGAAAGGCUUCUGUGGCCUCUCUGCCCUCUCCCAGUGCCCACAGGAAUGGAGAGGGAGACUUCCCAGGGGACAAUCAUUGGGCCCUCAGGCUUAUCCCCAGAGCCCAGAACCUGGCCCUUGCACUACCUGCAAAGUACCUCCAACGCCGGGGUACUGUCCAGUGGGGGAUGCAGGGCCUCCCUGUGGGGACAGUUGCCCACCUCCUACUUGCCCAUCUACACACCCAAUGUGGUAAUGCCUUUAGCCCCACUACCAUCCACUUCCUGUCCCCGGUGUCCACCUUCAACCAGCCCAGCCUACUGGGGGGUGGCCUCUGAAUCCCAAGGGUCCCCAAGGCUGCUCUGGGAUCUAGACACUCUCUUCCAGGGAGUACCACCCAACAAGAGCAUCUAUGAUGUGUGGGUCAGCCACCCUCGUGACAUGGCUGCCCCUGCUCCAGGCUGGCUGCUUUCCUGGUACAGCCUCUGAAGCUUUCUAGAGCAGGGGUUGCUUCUCUCCCCAUCUCCUUGAUGGGGAACCAAGGUAGGAAGAUGUCUGUAGCCCCAAUAGGCUCCAGCCUUGCUUAAUGAGAGUCCACAAUGUUUAUUGGGCUGCUCCAGAAAAAGCUGCCACUCAGCUGGGCACCAACCUGGGCUUGGUCAGUCUUGCCUCUCUGCCUCCCCCUACACCCAGGGGCAAUGCUAAAGGAGCAGGACUCAACCUGGAGUAGCAAAUCAUGAUUCUAUCUUCAGGCCUAGCCCAUCUAUCUAUUCAUCCAUCACCAUCUGUCACCUCCCUCCUGGCUCCAGGCUGGGGGAGGGAGCUCCUUAAUGGUGGGUCCAGCCUGAAGUCCUGCCAUCCCUCAACUGUCUGAGGAGGUAGCACCUUUUGGGGAAAGGGUUAGGGAAUAAAAACUGGACCCUACAUAGACUUGAAGUGGUGGUAGUGGUGUAACAUUAAAAGAAUUUACAGCAUUUUAA